AUGCGGUGGAGGCUGUGCCAGAACCGCGCGCACGUACUGGAGGGCACUGAGCUGGACUCGGAGCCCAAAGGGGCCACGGCCACGGACCCGGGGCCCUUCCCGGGCGAGUUGUGUCCUCGGGGCUGCAGACCGCCUGUCUGCUCUCCUCGGAGGCCCAGUGUGGGUCGGGAGUCAACGGGAAGCCACGCCUUUCCCCCAAUGUCCCCCCCACCCCCGGGUGCACAGGCGACCCCAGGGUCCCAACGGCGCCCAGCAAAGUCGGGCGACCAUGGAUCUGCGCUGGAACAGGCAGCCACCGCCGUCCGUGCGCUUCGUCUUCCCAAAGGGACAAAUCAGAGACUCACUCACCUGAGGAACAGCGAACUGUGA